CGGCCACCCGGGCCUUUUCCGCCUGUUCUCGGUUGGCUUUAUCUCUGCUCCCUAGGUCGGUCCCGGCUCCGGGCGCUGGUCGCACAGCACCCCUCGCUCGCACCCAGCGGUUCGCGCCUCAUUCCGAAUCUCUCCGAGGCUCGGAGCAGCUCUGCCGUGCGUCUUCGCGGGGCGGCCGGGGCUGAGGCCUGCCGCGGGCGGUGCGUCCUCGCAGACCUGACCCCGCAUCUCCGCGCAGCUCGGUUGAGGCAGCCGCCGUCGCCGUCGCCUCGGGAUGCCGCGCCCGGGGGCCGCGCAGCGCUGGGUGGCCGCCGCGGGCCGUUGGAGCUGCAGGCUGCUCGCGCUGCUGCUGCUGGUGCCGGGGCCCGGCGGCACCUCUGAGAUCACCUUCGAGCUGCCCGACAACGCCAAGCAGUGUUUCUACGAGGACAUCACGCAGGGCACCAAGUGCACCCUCGAGUUCCAGGUGAUUACUGGCGGUCACUAUGAUGUAGAUUGUCGAUUAGAAGAUCCUGAUGGUAAUGUGUUAUACAAAGAGAUGAAGAAACAGUAUGAUAGUUUUACCUUCACAGCCUCCAAAAAUGGGACAUACAAAUUUUGUUUCAGCAAUGAAUUUUCUACUUUCACACAUAAAACUGUAUAUUUUGAUUUUCAAGUUGGAGAAGACCCACCUUUGUUUCCUAGUGAGAACCGAGUCAGUGCUCUUACCCAGAUGGAAUCUGCCUGUGUUUCAAUUCACGAAGCUCUGAAGUCGGUCAUCGACUAUCAGACUCAUUUCCGUUUGAGAGAAGCUCAAGGCCGAAGCCGAGCAGAGGAUCUAAAUACAAGAGUGGCCUAUUGGUCAGUAGGAGAAGCACUUAUUCUUCUGGUGGUUAGCAUAGGGCAGGUAUUUCUUCUGAAAAGCUUUUUCUCAGAUAAAAGAACCACCACAACUCGUGUUGGAUCAUAACUACGUUUUGCGAGUUGAUGCACCAUUGCCACUCUAAUAUUGCUGUCCUCUAAUUAAUUUUAGGUAUCGAAGAACUUAAUAUUGGCAACAUUUUUAAAACCUUACUCAUACACUUGUUGGGGGGGAUGUACAGUGCAUAUCCCCAACUGUGAAAAGGACACCUUUUUUUAUUUGUAAAGGUAGAAAAACUUUGGAACUUAUUUUGGGCUAUUCAUGUUAAAUAUUCAACACCAAUGAUCUACUCUUUUCUUGAUUGUUUAUAUCUACUCUUCACACACUUAACUUUGGUAUUUUGAUUCGUUUUAGCCAUUUAAAAGUACUUUUCUUAUUGGUAGUGGAUAUUUUAAAAACCUUCAAUUUAAUGUCUACAUUUGUUGUGGAGGAAGAAAAUUGCCUUUUAAUUGUUUAUGGUAAAUAAAGUUUUGUUUUUAAGAAAACUAAAUGUGAUUAACUGUAGCCCAAGCCCUAGUCUGCACUGUUUAAUUUUAUGGGGGGAAAAAACUACCAUAGAAAUGUUUGUUAAUAUUGACAUAAUUUUAAAUUGAUACAUCAUGGUAUAAUUUAUUUCUCACUAACUUGGAAAAUGUCAGAUUUUUGCUUUUUGGUUUAUUCUAUGAUUUAUAACCAGAUAUGUUAUUUUUUUCAAAAAGACAUUCUUACCACAGAAAAUAGUAUGUUUCUAUAACAUAAUAGUUUAUACAGGUCUUAAAAAUCGGACUUAUAAAAAGUAGAAUAAUUACAGAAUAAUUUAAGACACUAUAGUGGAGGGCAAAGGAAAUGAGAAAAUUUUUAGUGAAUUAUCUGGACACAUUACAUUUUCAGUGCUUUUACAAGGGAAAAAGGUGAUCUGUUUCAUUUUAACGUUUUAAUUGGCAGGUUCUUGCCCUUAUGUGGCUUUAAUGUCUUUGAGUCAUUCCCAGCUUAAAUUGACAGUUGUGAUAUGAUUGUAAAAGUACCAUACAUUUUAUCCUGAUGAGUGUGAUGCACUGAGAAGUUAGUUUCUUUAGGUGUUUUUUUUUUCUUUCCUUUUCUUUGUCUCACACAUGUAAUUUGUAUAGUCUCUGGUUAGCAGCCCUAAGAUGAUUUAAAAAUUUAGAAUUCUGUGUGUGUUUCUUAUUUGAUAAUCUUCAUUGAUUGUACUGCAUUUAAUGAGUAUUAAAUAGUGCAUAUUCUGUA